UGUCCUACGAUUAAUUAAGUCAUCAUGUUCAACUUCACCGUCAGAUGUCGAUACAUAAAUGAUUUUGGCGCGUUCGUGUAAUGACAUAACCUCCAAAAACAAACAUUUAAACUGAUUUUUCGUUAGCGUCAUUUGCGUUAUAGACUUUGUGAUAUAUAUACACUGUUUUCAUGAAAACAUUUUAAAAUCUUACCAACUCAAGUGAAUUUGUUUUAUGAAAUAACCGGGAUAGUUAUUUAAUAAACGAUAUUCAUUGAAGACUGAAACAUUAAACUUCGUAAAUUUACGAAGAUUGUUCAAAAAAGAAAACAAAAUCGAAUGAUGUGUGCCAAAGUGAGCAAAAAAUCUGCACGAGCAGUGGAAGCGUCCCCACCAGAUAAUAGAACACCCCGGAGAAAUGUGCGUCAAACACCAUCGAGAAAUCGUGGUAAGGUACUGCCACAACUUUCAAACAGAAAGUCCGAUCAUUCGAAUGCCAAUGGUCGCUCUGAAAGUGACGAAGAAUCAGCUGAAGAAGAUUUCCUUGGACGACCACCAUCACAUGAACCAAGUGAAUCAAACCAGCAAUCACAAGAUAGUGACGAAAUUGACGAUAGUUCCCAACAAACAUCACCACGACAAACAACUAGAAAUACAGUUCACCGACCGACUAGUGAUCGAAAAUCAGUACGAAAACAAGCAAAACCGAAGCGCAAGAAACGUGUGAUCAAAGAAAUUGUGGCAUUACAGAAGUCGACAAAGCUGCUAAUUGCUCGAUUACCAUUCCAACGAUUGGUGCGUGAAAUUUUGCAAGAAUUUAAGAAUGAUUUCCGCUUGCAAUCGAGUACUUUGGAAUGCUUACAGGAAGCUGCAGAGACCUAUUUGAUACAACUAUUUGAGGACAGCUAUCUAUGUUGCUUGCAUCGGUCCCGCCAAACAUUGACUGACAAAGACAUCAAACUUGUUCAAAUUCUUCGUGGCGCUCUCGAUCCGGGAAGAAGAUGAUGAUUUAUUGUUGACAGUAAUUCUGUAUAUAAAACUCACUUCAUCAAUUUCACUCUCACAAUUACAUUUAGUGUUUGUAGUGUUUUUUCGGAAGUUAUGCGAAUGUUCCUUGCCUGAAUUUGCAUUCAGUUAUAACUCUUGAAUAAAAGACAAGGAUUUUAUGUUUACAAUAAUUUGAUUUGAAAAAAAGUUUCAUGUUUGAAUUUGAAAUAAUAAAAAAUGACAAUUUUUUGGGCUUGAAAAAUAAUAAAUUUAACAUAGCCUCAGAGCGGGAAAUUGAAA